CUCGAGUUUACAGUUGAGUGCGCCAGGGCAGUACGGCUGAAUUAUAUAACUUUAAUGUACUCACGGGGUUUAAUGGCGCAACAGCGGAGGACAGCGCCUCAGAUCCGUCGCUCCAUCGCGGAUUUGUCCUGAAUUUCCUUGCGCACAAAGUGAUCGAUCACCCACUUCGCUUCUUUUUUCCUCCCCUGCACCGGCGACGUGUGUUAAAAGUUACCGACACAUCGAGCCCAGGCUGGGGCGCGCGCACGAUGGAUCGCUAAACUCCCGCGGGGUCAGCGACGCUCCUCUCGACUCGAGUUCGGAACAGUUCAACGCGGCGGACGAUGUGUUCCUGCCCCACGGCCGGAGAGGCAGCGACGGACGCGGCUGACAUUUCAAUGCGCAACGCUCCGGCGAGGAAGGGGCUUCAUCCGAGGGCUUGACUGGAUCGGUGGACGCUGCGUAAUUUCUCCGAAUAUUGUUCCUCCAAACUCGGGACCUAAAGCGGGACAUGACCUGAGCGGCGGGGAGUGCAUUGCCCCCUUUUCACCACAGGAUAAAGAUAUGGAUCAGGGUGGACUGAAGCGCAACGGUAAUCGAGACGACAGCCUGACAUUUGGGGAGACAGCAGUAGGCAGUGACACAGGUGACACGGCUGGUUCGCUGCUGCAGCCCGCUGCCAUGCACCUGCCCAGCCCGGGGUCCCUGGCCCAGCUCACAGUGACCCCGAACGGACGGGCUGCCACCAAAGACCAGGGGGAGUUCGGGGGCCUCUUCGAGUCCCCUCGUGGCCAGUGUGAGGGCUCGGACAUGAAGGAGGGUAAAAUCCUCAGGUUGCAGAAACGACAGCACCGGCCGGAUAUCGCUAUGUUCAACAUGGAGGACAAUUUGCCGUUGCUGAACCAGAGCAUUUCUGACCUUGAACGGACGUCCAGCCCUGUCAUCAGCAUCUCGCACACCUCCGUCCUGGGGAACCUGCCUUUGCCCAACCUUUUCCCCCAGCACAUCAAGCAGGAGGGAGGCUUUUCUCUGGAGAAGGACCUGGGAACCUACGGCGGACAUACAGGCGGCGGCCCGUGUGAUUUGGAUGGCAACAACGGUCGCCUUCUUGAGGAUACAGAGAUUUGGCAAGACCUGGACCUUCCCAAUUCAUUGCCAGAAAUCAGUGAUUUUGAGCUGGAUUCAGAAGUGGCACACUUGGAUAACAUCCUACAUGACGGCAGUGGCAGUCCGGCCGACGGCUUGCUCAAGGAAUCAAAGGCUCUGGUGGGUAACGGAGGAAACUGUACCAAUGUGAAUGGCACGGACAGGCAGCACCAAUUACAGCAGCAUCAACACCAGCAGCAGCAGCAGCAGCAGCAGCAGCAGCAGCAUCGCCAACUGCUGCAGCACCAGCAACAUCAGCUGCAGCAUCAGCAUCAGCAGCCUCCGUCGCUUCUCUCCAGCGUCAUGAUCAAGGAGGAGAAAGACCACGACAGCUCUUUCAUUCACAUCCGCACACCCGGCGUGGUCAAACAGGAGAAGCAGGAGAACGGCAGCUUCUGCCAGUCGCAGUGCCUCCAGAGCACCAUGGGCUCCCUGCAGGGAGGAGGCCCCAUGUCCUCGGCCACAGGUGUCGGCACAGGACCUGGGUACCACUACAAAGCCAGCCCGUCCUCCGCCGUGGGCCUGCAAGACCAGAAGCCUUUUGGCAUGUUCGCGAGCCUGCCUCCACUCGGGGAGAGCUGGACGAGGGGGGGCAGGUUUGGAGAGCCCUCCGGGAUACAGAGGGGCAACGAUGGGCUCCCCUCCGCAGCCAUGGCAGCCUUCUCCGUCAACUUCUCCAGCUCAUCUCCCAGAGCAGGAGAAACCAGCAGCUCUGCAGCGGCAGGCCAGUCCAAGCCCGGCGGUCAGACCCAUAAGAUCUGCCUGGUGUGUUCGGACGAGGCGUCGGGAUGCCACUACGGGGUCGUGACCUGCGGCAGCUGCAAGGUGUUCUUCAAGAGGGCCGUCGAAGGAUGGAGAGCACGCCAGAACACAGAUGGCCAACACAACUACCUCUGUGCAGGAAGGAACGACUGCAUCAUAGAUAAGAUCCGCAGGAAGAACUGUCCAGCCUGCCGCUUCAGGAAAUGUCUUCAAGCCGGAAUGAACUUGGAAGCGAGGAAAAACAAGAAGCUGAUCAAGAUGAAAGUGCAGCGCCCCCCCGGAGCGGCGGAGCCCAUCAGCAGCAUGCCGGUCUCCGUCAUCCCCAGGAUGCCCCAGCUCGUGCCCACCAUGCUGUCUGUGCUCAAAGCCAUCGAGCCGGAGGUCAUCUACUCGGGCUACGACAGCACUCUGCCCGACACCUCCACGCGGCUCAUGACCACCCUCAACAGGCUGGGGGGGCAGCAGGUCAUCUCUGCAGUCAAGUGGGCCAAGUCCCUGCCAGGCUUCCGCAACCUGCACCUGGACGACCAGAUGACGCUGCUGCAGUGCUCCUGGCUCUUCCUCAUGUCCUUCAGCCUGGGCUGGAGAUCGUAUGAGCAGUGCAACGGCAACAUGCUCUGCUUCGCCCCCGACCUCGUCAUCAACCAAGAGCGAAUGAAGCUGCCCUUCAUGAACGACCAGUGCGAGCAGAUGCUGAAGAUCUGCAACGAGUUUGUCCGACUGCAGGUGUCCUACGACGAGUACCUGUGCAUGAAGGUCCUCUUACUGCUGAGUACAGUGCCAAAGGACGGCCUGAAGAGCCAGGCGGUGUUUGACGAGAUCCGGAUGACGUAUAUCAAGGAGCUCGGCAAAGCCAUCGUCAAGAGAGAGGAGAACGCCAGUCAGAACUGGCAGCGCUUCUACCAGCUAACUAAGCUACUGGACUCCAUGCAGGAGAUGGUCGAGGGCCUCCUCCAGAUCUGUUUCUACACCUUUGUGAAUAAAACCCUCAGCGUGGAAUUCCCCGAGAUGCUGGCGGAGAUCAUCACCAACCAGAUACCAAAAUUCAAAGACGGGAGCGUCAAGCCUCUGCUGUUUCAUCAGAAAUGACUGCCUUAAAAACUGUGAAGCAAUGACUCAGAUCCUCCUCCAAGAGCACAAUACCUGGAGCCCCACGCCUCCCGAUCCGCUCCCCCGAAUUUGGCCGGACUACAGUGCAGGAGACCCGCCCACCGACCUGGGGCCCUUCCUCUCGGCGAACCAGGAAGAAAUUUUGGCCUCCAGAGGAAAUGUUUCUGGCUCUGAUUGUCUUGUGGGCAGGCUCCAUUCUGGUGAUCUACCCCCCACCCCCCUCACCUUCUCCUCCCACGUCUUUCCUGCCUCCAUUGUUCUACUGCUUUUCUUAGUGACCUGCCAACUCUUUACAACCAGCGUUUCCUCCUCCCUGGAUCAGCGACCUGCUGUUCCCUCGGCUCACCUGCCCCGGCCCCGGCCCCAGAUCCCCUGUGCGGAGAAUGUAGUGAGCCACUCGCUUGUUGUGGCGUUUCACAGAGAGAGAGAGCUGCUGGCGACUGAAGGGGGACAAACAAAACAACAAAAAGCCACACACAGACACAAAUUUGAAACAUACAACACAACACAAUCCUUUUUGUUUUCUCCCCCCCCCCCCCCCUCUGGACCCAAGGACAGUGAGGACAAACUGUUUUCAGCUGUUCACCUGACCACGGGAAGAAAAAACAAAACAAACCGCCAGAGGAUUGUUGUCCCCCCUUUUUCUUUUCUUUUUUUUUUGACCUCACAUGCGAGAGUCACGCAAACACACGCAGACAUGCAGUCACACAGAAACAUGUUUACACAGGAUGUAUCCGAGAAGGGAAAACCAGUGCCUUUUAGCUUUUUGAAGCUCUUCAUAGCCAUCCCCUCUAAACCGUUUGUUUCUUUGCAUGAGAAUGUAACCUCGACAUCCUUCCACAUAUUUUGUCUAUUUCCAGUUUUUCUUUUUUUUCUUCUUAUGCCGGCAAUUUUCUGUUUUCUUUUCCAAAUUGCCAUUUCAGUGUUUUCAAAAGUGGGCAGCUCUCUCUGCUCGGAUCUCUGCAGAUAGAAGAUGUUAGGAUCUUCAUGUUUUACAAAGCAAACAGUUUCAGCUAAAAGAACUUCAGGAUCACAAAUCUCACAAAAUGAUGCUUCAUGUGUCUUUUCCCCCCGGUGUGACGUAUAUUGGAUAAAUAUACAGGAUGUGCCGAUUUCAGAUCUCACUGUGUUGAAAAGUUACAGAAUGUCGAUUAUUUCAACAGAUGUAAGGUUGAAUACACGUCCAGAUAUUUCCCCCUCAUCUCCAGAAGAGCACUCAGUAGAACACAUGCCUCCGCCAGGGCCCCACAUUCUCAUUCAAGUCAAUCAAGCUGCACCAAAUUUCACACACUCAUAGAUAACAGUCAUCUUUAACGUGGCUGACUUUUUUUUUUCAUACGGAUUCAUCAGUUAUUCCCAGAAAAAAUCUGUGAUUAGAAAAGAAAGUGAUAGAAAGUUCUGUGGAAAACUGAUCUGUAGCUUUUGCGUUAAACCAACAAUCAGAUAAAUGGACAGGGGGCGAAAUGAUAUAUCUCUAAGCAGAGAGAAAAAAAAGAAGCAAAAGCUUGUUUGUGCUGAAACUGAAACCACUGGAAAUAUCAGAUGUUUUGUUAUAUUUAGCAACCGACUGACUUAAAUAUUCCAAUGCUUUGACUAAUCAAGUUUUUAUUCGCUAACUUUUGCAAAUUAUGGCUCAAAUGGAUCUUUUUUGUCUUUGAGAGAGAAUUUUUUUUUUUUUUUUAAUUAGAUCCCAUGAGUGUAUGUUGAUGAAAAGCCAUAAGUCAAACCCGUCCUGUCAUCGCCAGCCGCUUUAACAACGAGGAUCCAGUUUUAUUCACUUCUUUUUUUAAAUACACUGUCUUGGAACUGUCUCACCUGCUCAGGCCGCCUGUUGCUAUCUCAGAAAUCACAGAGAGGUGAAGUGCAGACGGGCUUGUUUCCUGGUGUGUGUGUGUGUGUGUUGCCACCUCAUAAGGUUACUAAACUGGUUCCAUUUUAAGAGAUAGGGUGUAAUAAUUCUCAAACUUCAACCUACUUAAAGUUUAUGAUUAACUUCACUGUGUAGUUCUCCUGAGGGGGGGAACAUUACCAUAAAAUACCAUGUUAGAUUGAAUUGACCCUUUAAUCAGCUUCAUCUCUGUGUUUGCACAAACCCGACCUGCAGAGAUUAUUAAGCUGUAGAGCUCAACAUGAAUGAAAAGGUAAAUACGUAUAUAUAUAUAUAUCUCUAUAUAUUUUGUAUAUGGGCUGCAGACAGACAUAAUCAACGAAGCCUCUGUUCUCGGCACAAGAUUUCACCUCAAAAGUUGAAAUAUUUUUGGAAGAAGACGCAGUUUGGUCCAAAUAAUAUUUUUUCGAUCUGAGCUCAGGCCCCACAGUGACUACAUCACCUGGAGGAUUUCCCCACUAGUGCCAAAUGCAAUGUGCAAGCUUUGUGUUUUUGAUUUGUUUUUUUUUGUUCUUUCUUUCUCGGAGUCGUGAUCGAGCGAUGAUUCAGUUGUGAUUCGACGUCACGUGGCCCUCUGCCUGAGGCUCCUCGUUCAUGAGAGGGAUCAGCGUCACACCUACACCAGCUAAAACCUACUGAUUGUUAUCACUCAAAUUAGUGUUUGUUCCAUUUAUCUUUUUUUUCCCAGCAGAUGCACACGAUUUUUGCAAAAUAAGCAGUACUUUCUAGAGUAGAUCAGCAUUUUGGUACAUUUGCAACAUGAAAAUAUGAUUGUACCUUCUUAAUGGGACAGCCAAAGCAAAAAAACAUGAACAGUUGUACCCGGGCUUCAGCGUGAACACACACACACACACACACACACACACACACACACACACACACACACACACACACACACACACACACACACACACACACACACACACACACACACACACACACACACACACACACACACACACACACACACACACACACACACACACACACACACACACACACACACACACACACACACACACAUCAUAAUAGACGCUGUUCUAUUUUCCUUAACCUUUUUGUGUAACGCCCCUGAAACCACACAGAUCUUCAGCUGUUGACUCUGAAUGGUACUCGUCCUUUCCGCGGCGUCUUCAGGUCUGAAUGGCCCAGGUAGCGGGUCGUCAUGGAGACCAGCCAUUUGUGUGUCACCCGCAGCUAACAGCCCAGCGGGGCUCUGGACACACACGAGCCACUAUUCAUUAAGAAGCCAUCAUGGUUUUUAAUCAGCCAUUCAGCCAAAGGACGGCCACUCGCACCGGGGAUGGUUCCAUGCACAGAGCCGGCUCCCAGCCUCACCUGCGAACUCGCUGCUGUGGCCUUGGGGCUUCUAAGAACACGGGGUUGAUGCCGCUCACGUCCUUGUCGAUGAUUCCCCGGGGGGGAGGGGGGUUGGGGACGAUUCGACUGAAGCGUGGUCUUAUCUGUUGGGGUAACUUUGCGUACAGUAUUAGUCGUUUCCGAGCCACGGUGCUUCAGAAAACCAGCUUUAACACGUAGACGUAACCAUAUCCCCGCUCACUUCUAAACGGCCAUAGGUGUAUAUAGCAGCGCAGACAUAUCCUCUAAGCAUAAAGUGUCUAUUACUACAAAAUAUUUUUACAUAGACAUAACCUCUAUAUUCCUACACAUUUUCUCUCUUUGCCUUUUAGCUUCAUGUUGGAAUAAAGGCCUUGAGAAAGGGAGACAGCGAGCCAUAGAAAUAAGAUUUCAAAAUCAGGAGACAGAUUAAACCCUUAAGAAAUACCGAUGCUUGUGGAGAUUGAUCUGUUGUAAAGAAGAAAAAAAAUAUAUAUGACAAUAUUUUCUGCAAUUUUUGAGAACAUCGGCUUGAUCCUCUUUGAUAUAAUAGUUUUGCUCAAAUCCUUUUUGUACAUUGAACGAGUCAAGAAAGUAAAUAUUUUUCUUUUUUUCUGUUUGUUGGAUUGUGUUUGAUUUAAAAAAAUAAAUAUAAAUUAAAAAAAGAGGUAGACGUGCUGAAUACAUUAGGAAGUGUAAAGCUUUUUUUUUUGUCUUGUGAAGUAAAUGUAAAUUUUACGAGUCAAUGGGAAAGUCUACACGAACGCUCACUGUGUUUUAAAUGUUAUGAGGAAAACGUGGGGGGGGGGGGGGGGAGAGGUUUAGUGUAAUAGAGUGACCAAAGCAGAGGAUUUAAAAUAAAAUAUAGAAAAGAUUUUAACAAACAAAAAGAAGUAUUCAAGUAGUUACAUUUUGAGUAGCACUUAUUAUCCAACUUGUAGUACUUCUAUCUUUAUUCGAAAGGUAUCUUUUGUAAAGGUCAAGGCUUUGGAUCUCAUGUAGAUUGCUGUGAGGAUUUACUGGUCACUUUAAAAUAGGAAAAGAAUAAAAAAUAAUACAAAAACCUGUUGAAUCUCCACAUGAAAGUAAAUCUGCCAGAGCCUGAUGGAAUUGCACUACCCUCCAACUGGUUGAUAAAAGUCUAUUUUGUAUAAAAUACAUGCAAAUGUUAUCUUUAAAGUUUAAGGGCAGAUCAUGUUUCAUUGUUAUAUAUGGCUAUGGCUUUCAUCGAAGUCUGUUCUGUUCGUAUUUCAGUUAUGUAAAUGUAAUCCAAUGUAAAAAAGACACAAAAAAAAGCAAACACAAAAGUAUAAAAUGUUUGUUUGAAAAAAACAAUAGUUUGUAUAACUUCUGUAUUACACCUCUUCUGUAGUCAGUGUCGAUAUUUUCACCUAUUUGAUUAAAUGUUGAAUUAAGUUAUCUGUGUUGUUCUUUGACAUUUGAAAACCUGUCGGUAACAUCUCAAUGUUUUCUGUCAUCACUGGUUAAAAGCUGAAAUUCGAAAGAACUGAUUUCUCUUCAGUUCCAACAUCUUACACAAUAAAGUUUUCUGUUUUCCAA